AUGGCGGUGAACCCAGCAAACCCACCACGACCUGCCCUUCUGUCAACUGACGAAAAGAGCUUUGCAUACACGACAGCGAAAUAUCGAUGGCCGGAAAUUAUAACGAAAAUUAUCAAACACUUUCAUCAGGCUUGCAAUUCGUUGAAUCCCUCGGAGGUCGAUAAAAUUCAAGAAGGAAAAGAAAUUGCGAAUUCCCUAGAAAUACUAAAAUCCCAAAUACAGGAAAAUAAACCGUUAAUUCCAAUUGAGGAUAACGAGGCAGACAUCGAAACAUGGAUUUUUGUCUUAAACACAUGCUUCAAGGACAAAACUUGGUAUACCGCCACUUGGUUAUUCACAGAAUGCUAUUUAUAUCGUCGAGUUCAUUCGAUACUGGUAAAAACCAAACAUUGGAACAACCACGAUCCAUAUUUUCACCAAAAAGAAGAAGUGUUCCGCUCCUCUUCUAAGACAAUCAUUGAAAUUGCAAAGCGCAUUGACGAAUUGAUUUUCCCACCAAAUGAAAAGGGUAAUGAUGAUUUUGAUAGCAACCGACUCAUCUUCCAUGAACUUGCACAAGUAUCACUUUGGGGAAAUGCAACGGAUUUAUCGAUGCUACCACACCUUAACCAUGACGAUAUCAAGAGAUUGCAGGGGACCGGAGCGAAAUAUUUGGAAGAAUUCGAGAAGAACAUUUUAGCGAAUGAUUUGGAUGAGGCAUGGACAUGGAUUUCAAAAUUCCGCAAUGUUAGGAUCGACUUUGUUUUGGAUAACGCCGGUUUUGAGUUAUACGGGGACUUGGUCUUUGCAGAUUGGCUAAUUCAAUCUGGCUACGCGCGGGAGAUCCACUUUCACGCAAAAUCAAUUCCGUGGUUUGUCUCGGACACCACGCCACAAGAUUUCAACUGGAUCAUCAAAACUCUUCAAGACGAGGCAUUCUUCGCAGCAUCCGAAUCGGAAAGAUCGUUUCUCAAGAAACUCACUGGCCGCUGGCAAUCUUAUGUCGCCAAUUCUCAAUGGAUCCUUACUUCAGAUUAUUUCUGGACGUCACCAUACGCCUAUUGGCACUUUGAAGAGAAAGCACCGGAAUUGUACGCUAACCUGUGUAAAUCUCAACUCGUGAUAUUCAAAGGAGAUUUAAAUUAUCGGAAGUUGGUAUAUGAUUGCAAAUGGAAGACGACUACGCCGUUUAGAGAUGCCAUCGGACCGUUGGCAAACGCAAAGGGUGCGCCACCAGUAUUGGCUUUGAGAACCAGCAAAUCUGACGUUGUAGUUGGACUUGACAAAGGAGUUGAAGAAAGAUUGAACCCUAUUGAAGAAGAUUGGAUGUAUUCUGGAAAGUAUGCGGUGAUACAAUUUAGCGAAGGCAACAAGUAA